AUAAUUUAAGUAUAUGCAUGGUACAACCAGCGUGCAGUCGCCAGCCCAUAAAUUCCCUAUUUUUAUUUUUAUAAAAAAAUCAAAUUGAAUGGUAAUCCUUGGAAGAUCAGCAACUUGACUACAACUAUCCAAACCUCAAAUAACUUAUAAUUUAUCACAAUUUCUCCUUCAACUUCAACCCAUUUGACAUGGCUUCACAAUCAUUCCAUCAUCAACUUCAUUUUAUUCUCAUACCUCUAAUGUCUCCCGGCCACCUUAUUCCCGUGAUUGACAUGGCUAAACUUCUGGCUCAACAUGGCAUCAUCGUUACAAUUGUCAGCACUCCCUUGAACACCGUUCGUUUCAACUCCAUCAUCCAACGUGCUGUUGAAUCUGGCCUCUCCAUCCACCUUCUGCAGCUUGAUUUUCCAUCACUUGAGGCUGGUUUGCCUCCUGGAUGUGAAAAUAUGGACAAACUUCCUUCACGUAACUUGAUCAAGAACUUUUAUCACGCCGCUAACUUGUUGCAAAAACCUUUUGAGGAGUUGUUUGACAAAUUACAGCCCCGUCCGAGCUGCAUAAUAUCCGGUAAGAAUCUUCCAUGGACCGUUAAUACUGCUUGCAAGUUUAAGAUUCCAAGGAUUUUUUUCGAUGGAAUGGGUUGCUUUUCUUUUUCCUGCACACACAAAUUGGAGGUUUCUAAAGUACAUGAAACUGUCUCCAAGUGUGAGUCCUUUGUGAUACCUGGGUUGCCUCAUCGUAUUGAAUUAACCAAAGCGCAGUUACCUGAAAAUCUGAAUCCGGGUUCGGAGGACUUGACAGAAGUUCGUGACAAACUCCGAGCAGCUGACAAUACGGCCGACGGGAUUGUGAUUAAUACUUUUGAAGAGCUGGAAACGGAAUAUGUCAAAGAAUAUAAAAAGGUUAAAGGUGAUAAAGUCUGGUGUAUUGGCCCUGUUUCAGCCUGCAACAAGUUGAAGUUAGAUCAGGCUGAGAGAGGUGAAAAGGCCUCCAUGAAUGAGAAAAAAUGUUUGCAGUGGCUUGACUCGUGUGAACGUGGCUCAGUUAUUUACGCAUGCCUUGGCAGCAUAUGUGGCCUCACUGGUUGGCAACUUAUUGAACUUGGGUUAGGCAUAGAAGCAUCAAAUCAUGGAUUCAUUUGGGUGAUAAGAGGGGGAGAAAAAUCAGAAGAGUUAGAAAGAUGGAUCCUACAGGAAGGAUUUGAAGAGAGGACAAAAGAGAGAGGACUUUUGGUUCGAGGUUGGGCCCCUCAAGUAUUGAUCUUAUCUCAUCCAGCAAUUGGAGGAUUCUUAACACACUGCGGUUGGAAUUCGACACUAGAAGGCGUGUCUGCGGGGGUGCCAUUAGUGACUUGCCCAUUGUUUGCCGAACAGUUUUAUAAUGAGAAGUUGGUUGUGCAGGUACUGGGGAUUGGGGUGUGUGCGGGAGUUGAGGUUGCUGUGACAUGGGGACUUGAAGACAAGAGUGGGUUAGUGAUGAAAAGGGACAAAGUAAAAGAAGCUAUAGAAAGGGUAAUGGAUAAAGGUGAAGAAGGAGAAAAGAGAAGAAAUAAAGCAAGAGAGCUUGGGGAGGUGGCAAGAAAUGCUAUUGAAAAAGGUGGAUCUUCUUACCUCAACAUGGAAAUGUUAAUCCAAUUUGUGUUACAACAAAUUAACCCCAGCCCAUCGAUGUAAUUCCAAUGAUUGAUUGAUUUACUUUGCUUAAUAAUUUUUUUUUUAGCAUUUUAUCGAAAUGUUCAUUGUUUGUUCAAAGAAAUCUUCAACAACUAUAUAUAUGCUGUGCCAUCUGGCAGUCAUUAAUCUGUGAUCUCCAACCACCAACCGAGGACUAUAUAUGGAAUGAAUGAGAGAAACCCACCUAGAAUAUGACAACGGCGAAGGAGGAUUAAUUAUAGUAUUCUAUGUGUA